AUGAAGACGUUGGUGGUAUUCGAUUUCGAUCACACAAUGGUCGAUGACAACAGCGACACGUGGGUGAUCAGGUGUCUUCCAGGUCAGAAGCUACCUGAAUCCCUGAAGAAAUCAUACAGAAAAGGCCACUGGACUGAGUACAUGGGCAGAGUGAUGGAUUAUAUAGGUGACCAGGAUGUGAGUGUAGAAAGCAUUCGUGCCGAGAUGGAGCGCAUUCCAUUGACGGCGGGAAUGAGCGAGUUACUAACAUUCAUAUCACGCAACAAGAGCGAUAUAGACUGCGUGGUAAUCUCUGACGCCAAUUCGCUCUUCAUUGACUGGAUCCUCUGCGGCGCUGGGUUGCGUUCGGCUGUGGACCAAGUAUUCACCAAUCCAGCCGGAGUUAACGCGCGGGGCCGUGUGGAAGUGCAGCACCACCAUGUGCACAACUGCCGCCGCUGCCCCAUAAACAUGUGCAAGAAGAAAGUUUUAGAGGACUACCUGGCCCAGCGGAACAGGUACAGCCACGUAUUUUAUGUGGGCGACGGUGCCAACGAUCUCUGCCCUGUCACUUGCCUGCGGGGGUGUGAUGUAGUCAUGCCCAGGGAGGGAUACGCCCUAGAGGAGCUGUUGGAGGACAAGAGAGAGACUUUGAAAGCCAGAAUUGUUACUUGGAGUAGUGGAACCCAAGUCUUACAAGAGCUACAAGCAAGUUUAAGAACCAAAACGGAUAUAAUCCUGGACUAA